AACAGCGGUUCACUCUACUUCCCCGGGUCGGAGCCCCCCCGGAGCUGCACGCCGGCUUGCUGCACGAAGCCGAGCGGAGAGCGCCUCGCCGCGCAGUUCUCCCCGCGCCCGGCCUCUCGGCGGUCCGGCCGCCCGCUUUCCAGGCCCCCGAGCCGCGCCAAGCGAGGGAGCCAGCCCGGGACAAGCUCGGGCCCCGGCCGCCUCGCGCUUCCCCGGUUCCGUUCCCUCCGCCCCCCCGGGGGUCGCGCGCCCACGAUGCCGCAGGGCCCCGGCUCGCUGCUGUUGCUGGUCCUCGCCUCGCACUGCUGCUUGGGCUCUGCGCGCGGGCUCUUCUUCGGCCAGCCCGACUUCUCCUACAAGCGCAGCAAUUGCAAGCCCAUCCCGGCCAACCUGCAGCUGUGCCACGGCAUAGAAUACCAGAACAUGCGGCUGCCCAACCUGCUGGGCCACGAGACCAUGAAGGAGGUGCUGGAGCAGGCGGGCGCCUGGAUCCCGCUGGUCAUGAAGCAGUGCCACCCGGACACCAAGAAGUUCCUGUGCUCGCUCUUCGCCCCGGUCUGCCUCGAUGACCUGGACGAAACCAUUCAGCCCUGCCACUCGCUCUGCGUGCAGGUGAAGGACCGCUGCGCUCCGGUCAUGUCAGCCUUCGGCUUCCCCUGGCCCGACAUGCUCGAGUGCGACCGUUUCCCCCAGGACAACGACCUUUGCAUCCCCCUCGCUAGCAGCGACCACCUCCUGCCGGCCACCGAGGAAGCUCCAAAGGUAUGUGAAGCCUGCAAAAAUAAAAAUGAGGAUGACAACGACAUAAUGGAAACUCUUUGUAAAAAUGAUUUUGCACUGAAAAUAAAAGUGAAGGAGAUAACCUACAUCAACAGAGACACCAAAAUCAUCCUGGAGACCAAGAGCAAGACCAUUUACAAGCUGAAUGGUGUAUCGGAAAGGGACCUGAAGAAGUCGGUGCUGUGGCUCAAAGACAGCUUGCAGUGCACCUGCGAGGAGAUGAAUGACAUCAACGCGCCCUAUCUGGUCAUGGGACAGAAACUGGGCGGGGAGCUGGUGAUCACCUCGGUGAAGCGGUGGCAGAAAGGGCAGAGAGAGUUCAAGCGCAUCUCGCGCAGCAUCCGCAAGCUGCAGUGCUAGUUCGGGCGCCUAGGUUGCUCCGGACAGGCCAGCUCCAGGGCUCAGCUGGCCAUUUCCGCUCCGAGGCCUCAGCUCUCGUAUCCCAAGCACAGUCCCUUCAGCUCCAGCCCCAGCCUGGAGCAGUGUCCCCUCUGCCUUUUGCACAUUUGCACCCCCCAGCCUUUCCUGAGAUAUAAGGCCUUAGGAGGCCUCAGGAAUGGAUAGCUGUUUUCACAUAAAGGAAAAAAAACCCCAAAUCUUGUAGAAAUAUUCAAAUGAAUAAAAUCAUGCAUAUUUUUAUGAAGUUU